AUGGGUGGCCCAGAUAAAGACAGAAAUUCUCGAAAUCGAUUUGUCAAGCGAUACAAAACCUUAAUCGCAAAAGCUAACCAGCUUGCUGCCAUUUGCGACGCAAAUGUUUAUGUUUUUAUCAACCACGAUCGAGGCUCCUUUGUAUACAACUCUGUUGGUGAUGGCUCUUGGCCCCCACCAGAUGGUGCUCUGGUUAGUAUGGCUGAUACGGCGGGUCGAUUUAUGUUGACAAAUUUACAGGAAGCACACUAUCCAGAUGUGGCCCGCAAGAGUUUGACUGAAAAAAUGAAGUCACCAGGAUCCCCAGGGGUUAGAUUUAAACGGCUGACUCAUUAUUUCGCUGCCAGGCGGAGAGUGCUGAGUUCAUUGGACGAUGUCUACCGGGGUAUCACCCGUAUAGGUCUAGAUGAUAAUAUCACCCCGAAGGGUGAUCUGAUGGAGUCUAGUGCGGAGCAUGAUCUUGUUCUGACUCCUAUCCAGACUUGA